AUUCAUUUUAUCGAGUAAAGCAAUAUACCUCUAACUAAGGGCAUUCGUCUUUGUAUCUUUUCAAUUACCGCUAAUGACCUUUUAUUGUCUAUUUUAUCCCAAAGACACGUAGUUUGAAAAGCUUCAAAAUUCGUUUCUUUCAAUAGAAAUAAUUUAUUCUUGGCUAAAAUAUUCAAGAACGGUAACUGCAUUCGAUUCCUUUUCCAUGUAUCAUCAAUGACCACCUACUUAUUUAAACAAUCUCAACUAACUAAAGAACAAAUAAAUCUUCUCGUGGAGCAAUUUUCUCAGGCUUCCUUUCAAAAACUUGCUCAAUACUUAGGCCAGAUUAAUCUUUUUUUUUCGUUGGAACAUUCUCUUCAUAAUUCGCUCGACUCUAUAAUCACGUCUAUUCACCCCGUUAUCAGCAAAAAAAUAUGUGAGGUAUAUCCCGUCAAUUUUCAAUCUGAACUAAGUUAUCAAAUAUUACAUUAUCAAUCCUUUUACCUUCGAGCCCUGAAUCUCAAGUUUUGUCAGCGUUUGAGCGUCCUGAAUCCGCAACAUUCUGUACUCAUCGAUACUCUUACCAACAUCGACAAAUUAGUAGAAGGUGAUCAUGAAGUCUCUCAAGUUAAGCACGCCGAUUACAGUACCUUCAACCAGCACGUUGCUAAACAAUACUCUUGGUGUUGGUCUGGACUCGAUAUGUUAACAUAUCAAUGGCUAAAUUACUUUAUCAAAAAACAUCUAAGGUUAUAUCUCACGCUUAUUUCGGACCAAAAAUUAGUCAACUCACGAUCAGAUACCCUAAUUAGUGUGCUGAGCUCGAUCAGUUAUACAAUACUCGAUAUGUUUUCAACAUUUAAUAAUGAAAUGAUUCUUAGAGAUUACUAUAAAGGGAAAAUUCAUCUUCCUCUUUUCCAAUCAUGUAUUUUAGAAGAAUUAUUUUGUGCUGCUUUAUACGUUUUCAAGUCCUGGUAUGACAAUGAAAACAAAAAACUUCAUUUCCCAAGCUUUCUAAAUCAACUAUCUAGUAAAUUGAUCAAUAUCUUAUCCUUCCCUUAUUCUGUAUCAUCGUUUCAUCUACAUUGGAUCGACUACGUACAAAAUGAACCCGGAAAUUCAUCAGCAGCUUUCAAUGAAACCGACAAACAAGGAUUACUAGAGGCCAUUUUCAAAUAUCCUCCAAAUGAGAAGAAUGUUGACGCCCUCGAUCUAUUACACAAACUGCUAGUUAGUGAAGAAAAUAAUUUUCCAAAGGCUCAAGUUCGCGUUUCUGAGACGGCAAAACAUAUCUGCCAUUCAUCAGCCUUAGAAAGCAGUCUAGACAUCUUAGGUGAUUUCAGCAAAAAGAGUUUCUAUUAUUUAGAAACAUUGGUUGGAUGGUCUUCGAUUACACCUUCGAUACCUAAACUAGUAAGCCUCUUGUACAAAAGUACUCAGCGCUCUAAUUAUUCGUCUACUUUUGAACAUUUACUCAGUCCUACUCGGACGUUUUUCUGUAAACUACUUUACUUUCUAGAUCAAUACUGUCGAUCUGUAGCAUGUGGUUUCGAAAUGCUUGAUAGUGAAGUACAACGCUUAUCAAAAAAUCAUAAGGAGCCAUUUCCUUAUUAUCGUUUUUCUGAGUUUACACGUCUGAAUAACAGCUACGUCAAUAUUAGCGCACUAUCUAUCCUAUGCCGAGCCAUUCGCCAAUACAUCGAUAUUUUAGAAAAGUUGAUGGCACGUAAUUUUAUUCUUCAUCUAGGCAUUUGUUCCUCGGCUUUAGAAAGCAAUAGAUUGGUCGAAAUUGUUUUAGAAUUACAGCAAUUGCAACUGUUACGGAUCGAACAUCUAAAAUAUGAAUCUUUUGGAGGUAAAAUUAGCGGUAUUAUCUCGACAUUCUGUUCAAAUCUUCCUGAUGAGCAAAGUGGUAGCUUUUCUGUAGGUCAUCGGUCUGUGUUCAAUAUGAUUCCAAUGUCUACUAUAACGUCUCUAGAUAAGUUAACACUAUAUUUUGUGACUUAUCUUAGCCGUAUUUACUACACACACUUUUCCAACAUGAUCGAGAUAUACAUUGACAAUCAAACCAACUUCACACAGCUUUUAACUAAAUCAAGCGAGAUGUGCUGGGAGCUGUUAUCUAAAUUGCGUGUUCAUUCGACAUUUUUGCCUAUAUUGUGGUCAGAGUCUUAUCCUAUAGAAGAGUGCUUUUGCAAAAUUGUCAUGGCACUUGACAAGGCAUCACAUAGCGAUUACGAACACAUCAACUCGGAUACAAUAAAAAAGUUGUUCGAAAUUCUACUUGUGCAAGAAGCCAAUUUUGAUAGUUUGCAAAUAUGCGUCGAUUUGGUCUUCAAUGCACCUGAACCUUCUGUAGCUAUUCAAAAACUUAAAUCUAAAUUCCCAGUUAGAGGGACUUAUAUUCAGAGAGUUCAAGAGUUUAUAGGUAAAUAAGCCAUAUGUGUUAAAUUAUGAAAUACAUAAAACUUUCAGUCUUUUAGACCAAU